CUUGACAUAAAUAAUCACAUGAAGUUGAGUAGGAAGUUUCCUCCAAAUCUGCCCCGGGUUCUCGCUCCUCCUAACCCUCCUGAGCCUCCCGAUCCACCAGAUCCGCUGGAUCAACAAUCUACCCUUUUUGCCUCAAAAGGAUCUUCAGGGAAUGAGAUUUGCAAGAGUUUUGGCAAUUGGGAGGAUGAAUUCAAUGACUCCCUCCAUUAUCCUAUUGUUGAAUGUCUUUGGAACCUCACUAUGCUUCGGUCCAAGCUCAAUGAAGACUCCCAAUCAUCUCCUCAGCUGCUGUUUCAAGAAGUCCUACCAGGUUUUGCAGGUCUUAUCAUGCUAUUAUUGUUAACGGACAUGGAUGUCUUAAUUAUCUCCCUUGUGUUGGGAAUGGAUUUGAAUGAGAUAGCAGGCUUUCUACUUUAUGUACAAAGCCUUGUUAUUCUUCUCUUUUCCAUCUAUCGUUAUUUUACCUUUACACUUUGUGUUGCAAUUUUGCUAGCUAUGCUCUUUAAAUUUCUUUGCUGCAUUUCACUUUUUAGCACUAUUGGUGUCGAGUUUAGAAGACUGCUCUAUGCCUCUAGUGGUUUAAGUGUCUCGUUUGCUCCUAUGUUUUAUAUGUUAGCUCUGCGAUUUGCUGUUGUUGCAUCGGAUUUCUUAUUUUUAGCCAGUUUGGCUUGCAUUUUGUAAAUAUUUUCUCCAUUGUUGGAGAUUAAGUAUGCUAUAAAAUGCUUUUGUUGACCAAAAAAAAA